AUGACAUCUACUAGAAAAGUAAAUCUACCUCUAAUCCCACUUCCAAAAGAUACAGUACUUCUUCCAGGUGUUGUUUUACGAAUACCAAUUGCAAGCAACAGGCCAGAUAUUCCAGCACUUUUAGCCAAAAUAUAUAACCGCGUAGCAACUAAAGCCUUCCACCAGAGGUCAGACCAUGCACAUGUUGUCUGUGUUCCUUUGAGCUCGCCUUUUGUCAAUAUAGAUAGCCAAAACUCGAAGUUUGAAGACGAGCAAAGUCCGAGGCCUAGAGAUGAGGUCGAAAUUAAUCCAGUCAACGCUACGACGGAGGAUUUAUUUGAAUAUGGGGUAGCCGCAAGAAUUUCCGGAGUUGAGGGGCGCCGAACGGGAGAAGUUGCAGUUUUAGUUGAAGGAAUUGUCCGAGUCAAGAUUGAUAGAUUGACCAAGCAAAGGCCCUUUUUUGAAGCGGAUGUUGUUUAUGAAAAUGACUCUGUAAUAUCGUCAGAAGACAGUGUCCUGCAGGAUUUAUUUGCACAGCUCAAGCAACUCUCUCGAGAACUAGUUACAUUACUUCGGCUUUCAUCAAUGGUACCUCGAUCUUCUGGGCCAAACGCUCUCUCACCAAUGCUAGCCCGCCGUCUUGAAUUCUACAUCUCCAGGAAAGGCCUAACAGAAGCUGGACUGUUGGCGGACUUCAUGACAAAUAUCAUUGAAACUUCUUUGGAGGAAAAACUACAAGUUUUGGCCGCUGUAAAUCUGAAAGAUCGCCUUGAAAAAGCUAUCAAACUCCUUACCCGUCAAAUAGGAAGCAUGAAGAAUAAUUUAAGUAUCUCCACAAUCUCAACAAGCAACCUACCUCAAAAUAAUGACUGGGGAAGAGCCAAUAAGCAGCGAGGAAGAGCACGAGUGAUAGGUGACACACCUAUGUCACCAGGAAUAGCGGGCCCAGAAGAUGAUCAAGAAUCAGAUGAUAUAGACGAGCUUAAGAAAAAGUUGGAAAAUGCCAAAAUGACGCCUGAAACUGCAAAAAUCGCAGAUCGCGAAUUAAAGCGCUUGAAAAAAAUGUCGCCAGCACAAGCAGAGUUUCAGGUCGCUAGGAAUUAUCUUGAGAACUUGUCUGAGAUACCGUGGACCCUAAUGACGGAGGAUCGCCUCGGUGCUGAUACGCUACAAAAUGCACGCAAGCAAUUUGACAACGAUCAUUAUGGCCUUCAAAUUGUCAAAAAGAGACUCCUAGAAUAUUUAGCAGUUCUAAAACUAAAGCAGUCAAUAAAUGAGGAUAUCAACGUUAGAAUUGAAAAGGCAGUUGAGGAAAGUUCCAAUGACAAAAUCCAAGUCUUGCAGAGCCAGAAAAUGAUUGACAAAUCACCUAUUUUGCUACUUGUUGGACCACCAGGGGUAGGGAAGACAAGCCUAGCGAAAUCAGUAGCUACCGCGUUAGGACGUAAAUUUCACAGAAUAUCACUCGGCGGCGUUCGAGAUGAGGCCGAAAUAAGGGGUCAUCGCCGAACCUAUGUUGCUGCCAUGCCUGGUCUUAUUGUACAAGGGCUUAAGAAGGUUGGAGUCUGUAACCCUGUAUUCCUUCUCGAUGAAAUUGACAAAAUUGGCACGUCAAACUUCCAUGGAGAUCCAAGCUCUGCGAUGCUUGAAGUUCUCGACCCUGAGCAAAACCAUAGCUUCAUUGAUCAUUAUAUCAAUAUUCCUGUUGAUCUUAGUAAGGUAUUGUUUAUUGCGACUGCGAACAGUCUUGAUACAAUAUCACCCCCUCUUCUGGAUAGAAUGGAGAUGAUAAGUCUCUCCGGAUAUACAACAUUAGAAAAACAACAUAUAACUCUUCGUCACUUGGUUCCCAAACAAAUUAAGACAAAUGGUCUCAAGGAGGGCCAAGUUGAAUUUCCCAAAGAAGUUGUUUCCAAAAUAAUUGAAUGUUACACCCGGGAAUCCGGAGUCAGGAACCUAGAGAGGGAAAUUGGGUCAAUUUGUCGUGCUAAGGCUGUAGAGUUCGUGGAAGCUCGAGAUAGCAAACGUCUCCAAUCCUACAAACCCUUAUUAUCAGUGGAGGAUGUCCAAAAUAUCUUGGGGGUUGAAAAGUACGAAGAAGAAAUCGCUGAAAAGUCAAGUCGUCCCGGUAUUGUAACAGGCCUAGUUGCUUAUUCAUCUGGAGGUAACGGUAGUAUACUGUUUAUCGAGGUAGCCGAUAUGCCUGGUAGCGGUAGUGUACAACUCACAGGCAAAUUAGGUGAUGUACUUAAAGAGAGUGUUGAGGUUGCUUUGAGCUGGGUUAAAUCUCAUGCAUACGAACUUGGACUAACACAGGACACCUCGGAAAAUAUUAUGAAGAAUCGCAGUUUACACGUACACUGCCCUUCUGGCGCUAUACCAAAAGAUGGACCUUCUGCUGGUAUGGCACACACUAUUGCAUUGAUUUCGCUGUUCUCUGGAACUGCUGUCCCUGCUAACAUGGCUAUGACCGGUGAAAUAUCAUUAAGGGGCCGUGUCAUGGCUGUUGGGGGUAUCAAAGAGAAGCUAAUUGGGGCACUCCGUGCUGGUGUCAAGACAGUCCUAUUGCCAGCUCAGAACUUAAAGGAUAUUAAAGAACUGCCACAAGAAGUGAAAGAUGGGUUAAAAAUUAUCCAUGUUAGUCAUAUAUGGGAAGCUAUGCGUCAUGUCUGGCCACAUGCCCACUGGCCAGGCGAGCAAAGCUUUAUUGGCAUUGAAAGUCAGCUUUAA